AAAUUUUAAUCAGCUAAAUGUCUUCACGGUACGUAAAACCCUUCUAAAUAACAAAAGAGAGAGACAAAUAUUAAAGUUCAAUGUUAACAGUAAUAUACUAAAUACUGUCGUACUAUAUCAUAUUCUUCUUUACUUAUGCUGAUAGUACUAUAUCAGAUUUAAGUUUUAACCAUUUAAACUCGACAAACUUUUUUGUAACGAUCGUGAAGUAGCUGUCAUACUAAAGAACCUGUCGGCAAGAGAGGCCAAGCGGAAAAAAAAACUUUAAAGCCUAUCAACCUCUUAGUUUUAUUCACAAACACAUAAAUAUAUAUACACUAAAGAUUUAUUUUCAUAAACUAAACGUGUCAAUGCCUGAAAAAACGUUAAUUUACUUAUUUCUUUCUUUUGAUGAACAAUAUCAAUAUGCAAGUAACAAGACCAUAAAAUACUAAUAGAUAGGACUUGGACUUGUGAAUGUGCUCUAUUAAAGGCAUACUUUGUAGGUUAUAUAUAGAAUCUUUCAAUUAUUUCUUUUUUGAGCAUAAUAAAAACUAGGGACUAGAUCUGAUGACAGUAAUCUAUAUAUGGCAGAAAUUUAUCUAUCUUAAAAUCGUAUGGAGGAGGCUGAAAGAGAAAAGUUGGAGCAUUUUGGUUGGACUAGAAAGAGAGAGAGAUAUCUUAACUCUCCUUGGAAAAGUACUAGGAAUCAAUUUUAUUUUCUACCAAAAAAGGAUGUAGGAAAGAAAUAAAACUAAAAAUGUAUUCCCUGAUAACGAAGUAAGAAUAAAAUAAUGACAUAUACACGAUACAUGUUUAUGUAGAAUAUAUGAUAUUUUUCGUUCUUUUUUAAAAGGAAAGUUUAUGAGGGUUGAAAUAAGUUGUGUAAGCUUUUAUUUGGCCAAGAAUGGCUUAGCAUCUACAAAAAAUCAACACAACAUUAUUCUCUUAAAACAUUCCAACAAAAGAAGAACCUGAACAAGGUGGUCCACCACCACAACAACCACUACCAUCACCUCCUCGGCUCCUCCUCCACCACCCACCAGUCACCGGACAAGAGAGGAAACCAAUUCAUGCCCUAUAUAUAAAACCAGAAUCCUUAAGAGACUAUAUCUACACUAAACAUUUCACUUAUAUAUGCACUCUAUCUAUGUGUGUGUAUAGAUAAACCUUAUUUAGUUCAUCACUUGUGCGUUUCUUGGGGAGAGAGAAAGAGUUGCAAGGAUGGGAAGAGGAAAAGUGGAGUUGAAGAGGAUAGAGAACAAGAUCAACAGGCAAGUAACAUUUGCAAAGAGAAGGAAUGGUCUGCUUAAGAAAGCUUAUGAGCUUUCUGUGCUUUGUGAUGCUGAGAUUGCUCUUCUCAUUUUCUCUAACCGUGGCAAGCUCUACGAGUUUUGCAGCAGUCCUAGUGGUAUGACCAAGACGGUUGAGAAGUAUAGAAAACACAGUUAUGCAACUAUGGAUCCAAAUCAAUCAGCUAAAGACUUGCAGGAGAAGUACCAAGACUACUUGAUGCUCAAAUCAAAAGUUGAAAGCCUUCAACAUUCACAAAGGCAUUUGCUAGGUGAGGAGAUAGCUGGGAUGGGAGUGAAUGAGCUUGAGCAGCUAGAACACCAAGUAGAUGCAUCACUAAAGCAGAUAAGGUCAAGAAAGGCCGGGGCGAUGCUUGAUCAACUAUCAGACCUCAAAACAAAGGAGGAAAUGUUAUUAGAGACCAACAGAGAUCUUAGGAGAAAGUUGGAGGAAAGUGAUGCAGCCCUUACUCAAUCGAUGUGGGGAGCUGCUUCUGCUGGAGAACAUUCCCACCAACAACAACAGCAAUAUCACCAACAACAACAACAACAACAACAUCAACAAGGCAUGAGCUCUUAUCAAGCAAACCCUCCGAGUCAAGAAAAUGGUUUCUUCAGGCCUUUACACGGCAAUGUAGCAUUGCAGAUGAGUCAUUACAAUCCUGGUGUGACAAAUGCAAGCAACUCAGCAACAACAUCACAGAAUGUUAUUAAUGGAUUUUUCCCUGGAUGGAUGCUCUGAACAAAAUCAUACAUAUAUAUGUAUACAUAUGUGUGUUUUAUAGAUCAGAGAUCAUUGCUUGUGUCAUUUGGUUUUUGCAAGAGAAACAUAGUUCAUGAUUCACAAACUCAGUUAUAUAUAAUCAAGGACUGUAAGGUCACACUCCAGAUUAUUAUAACAAUAGUUUUGAGCUUUCAAUAUAAUAGUUGUAAGAGAAUUCUCUAUCUUUUAUCUUUUACUAGGGUAGGUCCGGGAAGUUAUAAUAAAACCUAUUUAUAUUAAUUUUAUGAAGUAUUUUCAGAAAUUAUACAUUAAAAACGAUAUUAUAAACAAAUAAAUAAUGAACAGAAUUUUGAGAUAAUAUUGUAACUUUUAAUAACAUAUUCGGUUUGAAUUAAGUAACAAAAUCUUCAUUUUUCUCUAUUUUUCAAAGAAGAAAAUAGAAAUUUUAAAUACGUACUACUAUAUUUAUUUAGUUUCAAGUUAAAAAAAAACAAUUACACUUAUUAAUUAUUCAUGAAAAUAAAUUGGUCUAACUUCAAGCUAAAUCAGUUAAAAUAUAAUAAAAUUUGAUAAAAUAAUCAAUCUAUUUUAAAAUACUAUAGAAAUAUUUUAAUAAUAUCAUAAAUAGUAAUUAAUUUUCUAAUUUAACAUGAAAUAAUGUGUUAUUAUAUAUUUGUUUCCGAUCAUAAUUCUAUCUUCUUGAUUGAAAUAUUAUUUAAUUUUUAGUGUCUUACUGGUUAUGUUUUGUAAUUUAUUAUAGAUUUUGUUGAAUUUUGUUUGAUAACAAAAUUAUUUGUUAGUAAUUUUUCUCAUGCUAUUUUAAAAUAUUGCUUUAAAUUAGUAUUUUAUAAAUUAAUAAAAUAACAUACUUCUAUAGCAUAUUUUUACUUAAGUUACAUACCACUUCAUAACAAAUAAUUUAUUCGAAGAAGUUAGAGUGAAGCAAAACAUAAUUAUACAAUAAAGAACUAAAAUGUAAUGUAACCAUUAACAAUUUGGAAAUCAAGAUGAUUAUUUGUGUUUUUGAACGCAUUUUCAUGUCAUUGGUUCAGACAAAAGAAGGUCCAUCGUCACGGCAAACAAAAACUCUUAUCAUUACUACUUAUCAAAAUUUUACAAAUUUGAAAAUAUGGCCAUUACUUCUGCCUCUUAACUCUAACGAAGAAGAAAGAAAAAUGUAUACUUGAUAAUUUGGUCGCCUAGAAAGACUUUCCUGUCACCUGAGGAUUAUCAAGCAAGAUUCAGAUUAUAAUAAGAUCCAUGGACCAUAAAAGCAGCUUACAAAUCUAUGAAAAUGCUGUGAAGCCUCGUAGAACACAUACAGAUUAUAAUAUUUCAGUUGCAAUUUCGGUUUUUACUUAUCACAAUUUUUAAGGGGUUGUUAUUUAUUUUCAUGGGAAGCACCUUCAAGAAAUAUUUCCAACCAAAACCUAAACACACAAAAUAGUAUUUAAAACACAACCAAAAACUCAAAGAACAGAGCAGAAAGCACUGAUAGAGAAGGAUAUCAAAAUGGGGGAACCAGCAGGGUAUUGGAUGAAUAAGAUAAGGACAUAUUCAAAGGAAGAUCAUCUUCGAGCAAAUCAUUAGAUGAAGGAAGUGCUUCUGGUUCUAGAAAGUGAUUUGAAGCAUAGUAAGAGUCAAAACGCAGAGGAAGGUAGGAAUAGUUAAGCUGCACAAGCUAAGAGUGGGAGAAAAGUUAAGAUUGUCAAUGGGCCUUAACAAAUUGUAUUCAAGAUGACAAUAUCACUCUUUUCCAUGUCACAAAAACAUCCAUAGGGCAAGGUAAUACACGUAACUUAUUAUAUAUAGUUAUGCAAAAGUUGCAUUUAAACCUCCAAUUAGAAGGUAACCAUUUAGAUCCUUCAUCAAUGAACAAUCGAAACAAGAACAGAUCUUUGGGGUUUCGAGGGUAAUUGGGCCUAAAGAUUCUGUUUUGGGUUGUAUUCCGCUCUAUAUUGUCACUUGUGUUUUAGUUUUUCUUUUUGUUUGUCUGUUUUAUCCUGGUUUCAUAUUUAGUAGGUAUUUUGAAUCGCUUCAUAAUUUUGGGUCAUACUCCACUCAAGCUGGGCACGCUUAAUAUUGCUGAAUCUCUAGCAACUAUAUGUUUUUGUUACUCGUUCAAAAAAAAACAACUAUAUGUUUUGUCAUGUUAAAUAGCUGUAGAUGAGACAAACAGAGAGAAACUCAAGGCCUCAUGAACAAGUUCAUCCGUUGACGAACUUUUGUCAGCUCAAGAAACCUAAGGUAAGAUUUUAAAUACAAAUCAGAGAAACUAAUUCACUUCAAAAAAGCUCUUGGCCUAGUACGACUGCUCUGUACAAAAAGAAAAGAAUGUAAAGACUUUAAUAUUUGUUCUUGUGUUGAACAGUUGAACUCUAAGACGCUUUCAACCUGUAAGCUAUAAGAAAAAAUAUGGUUGAACAGUUUAUAAAAUGUUUGAUUUUAACUGUCAACUCGUACGUAUAUACUGUCUUAAUUGUUAUUUUUCUUUUAACCUAAUCAUUAGUUAAUCUUAUAUCAUAUAUCAAUCGUCGUACCGGUCAUAAGCAUUUUUAAAAGAUUUGUGUCAACAGACUACUACUUAGUUCUCAUAAAAGAAACAGACUACUUACCGUCAUUAGCAAAAAUACUCAAUAAAUAAACAGACUACUUACAGUCAUUAGCAAAAUUAUUAAGGCAUGAGCAAUGGGGAUUUAUAGUUGGACUAGUUUAUUAACUUGUCAAUAAAAAUAACGAGUUCAUAUGACAGUUUGCGUAUGACGCCGCAAAAGUUAUUAAACUAACAAUAGAAAAUUACUGCAGUACGAAUGAACACAAUAUAACAACAACUAAAUUUAAGCAUGGGUUUAUUAAUAAAAUUAAAAGAAAUGAAAUACUUAGAACAUUUUAUAAGGGAACAAAAAAAAGGUAGAAAUGUAGAAUUAACUCGAGACAUGUAUACAAAUCCCAAUUUCGUUUGGAGAUCAGCAAUCCUUCCUUUCCUUAUUCUUUUCUGCAGCAACGGCGACGUCCGUGACAGCGGCAGUGACGGUUGCGACAACGGCUACGGUGGUAGCCACAACACCAACGGCAGAUACUGCUGUACUCACAAUGGUACAGACGGCAAUUGUCGUACCAACCAAACCAAGAAACCCCAUCUUUUAGUAUCUUUUAAUAGUUUUAAUUUAUCUUCUAAAUUUCCAUAUGAAAGCAGAGUUCGUUCAUGGGAUUUAUAUAGUUGAGUGCUAUAUUAAUGUUUUUUUCUUGGGGUUCGAAAAUUAGGUUUACUACUACAUUUUACAAGAUAAGUUCAAUACUCUAGGAGGAGACUGCAAAACAUCUUUGAGUUGUAAUGUAAUGAUUAUAGAGGAAUUGUAACAAGAAACUCUUUGAGAGAGGUGCAACUUAAGAGGCGUGGGAAUUUCUAUAUACUUUUUUAGUAUUAUUCUCUCCUAUCGUAUAUUGAUUAAAAGAAAUAAUUAAUUAGACUACGAUUAGUAAGGGUAAAGAAGAACUGAGAGUUAAUAUUUUCAUGAUUAUAAAUAUUAAAUAGAAGUAUAGAACAGAUACACCAAAACAAAUUUUCGAGUUUCUAAGCAAAUUUUGGAGAAUCUUGACUGAGUACUAAUAUUUGAGAGACGAGGAGACAUCGUGUGACUCCGAAUGGUUUAGUUAUUUCCUUAGUUCAUACAUAUUUUAUGUACUAGUAAUAAAAAUGAAUAUACAAAAAAGGGAAUUUAUUGCAAUGAAAAAUUGUUUUGUCUUUUUUAUUUAUUACUCCUAGUUAGAUGAAUUACCUAACUCCGUUAAUAAAUAGUUUGAGAGUUCCGUAACCCAAAAUUUUGUUUCUUUUUGGUUUAUAUUUAUAGACUAGUUAUACUUCUAUUAAGUGUUUAUGUCUGACUUUACAAAAAUAUGAACAAUUUGAUAGGUAAACUACCUUUUACUUAGAUAUUCUAUUCAUAGUGAAUAUAAUUAAGGAAACCACAUAAAAUUUUAACAGGUAAAAAUAUGAUUUAUACUAUUACAUCAUUUGACUAUUUACUAGAAAAUGGACCAAAAUCCUACUUUUCCACGAUCCUAAUUGACAUAGAUGUAUGAUGUAUCAAUAUUGGGCCAUUGGCAGUUGGCACAUUUGUUUCUCCUUUUGUGUUGAUCCUUCCAACCCAUUGCUAUUUUUGCUUCUAUUAUAGUAUUUAGAGUCACUUUUACUUCAUUGCUAUUCUAAUCUACCUCUAUUUUUCUCUAUAUUUUUUUUUAAAAAAUAAAAAAAUUCUGUUAUAAAGGUGAAAAUGCUUCAAUGUAUGCAUCUAUAAUAGAGUUCCUCUAUUUAUAAGGGAAAAUAUAGAUAUAUGUUAUCUUUACCUUUAAAUAUAGAGGCAAAAA